CUUCAAUAGGAAAAGCAGGAAAAAUGAAGUACUUGAUUGGCUUCUUAUCUAUUUUCUUAUUUGCAUCUUCAAUAGUUCAAGCUCAAAUACUUACUCAAUGGACAGCAUUCAGUGACUGCCCAGUUACAUGCAAUGUCGGUAAUCAGGUCCGCACACGCACACGAACUUGUACACCUGCAAAUUUAUGUCAAGGAGUUAGUCUAUUUGAAACUACUCCCUGUAACACACAAUAUCCAUGUCCAGAAUAUAGACUUGGUGAUUGGGGUACUUGGAGUGCUUGUUCAGAAUCAUGCAGAGCAACUCAAAAUUAUCCAACGCGUGUUCGAACUCGUUCUUAUUGUCUCAGUAAUUCAACGUCUUCUUAUCAAUGUACUCCUGAUUAUAUGAUUAGUUAUGAACCAUGUAACAUAGCAGCAUGUUCAAUAGUAAAGUCUUGCAGCAGUAUAAACUUUACUUUUGUCUUUGUGUUGGAUUCAUCGUCUAGUGUUGAUGCUCUGCAAUGGCAAGAUGAAAAAAAUUUGGUUUUAGCUUUUGUUAAUAGCUCAUCAUUUGGAGUGAAUCCUAAUGUUGAUGUAGCUGUGGUAAACUUUGGAAAAACUGCUAAAGUAGUGGCUGACUGUGGUACAUUUAAAAGCUAUUCAACUUUUGAAACUUUCAUGAACAAUUUAAACCUGUUAGGUGGUGGAACUGCUAUAAACCAAGGGCUUUUAGCUGCAGAAAUUGCAUUCCAAAGAUGCCAAAAACUUAACUUGGAACCUGUUAUAAUUCUUCUUACUGAUGGUUUUGAAAAUAUAGAUAACCAAACUCCUGACAGCAACAUAGCUAAUGAAAAUCGUAUAAAAAAAGAAGCUCUUUUAGUUGCAGGUGCCACAAAGGAUUACAAAAAGGAGGAAAUAGAUAGAAUAACAAGUUAUAUUGAUAAUAAUGGACAGAAUGUGUCUUUUAGUUAUUAUGCUCCAACCUUUACAGAUCUUUUAACCACCCUUGGUAGCACACUGUAUUCUAGAGUUGUUGGACUGACCCAAUGUGAAACUCAAGGACAAUGGACAACAUGGUCUGCUUGGAGUAGUUGUUCUCAACUUUGUGGAUUUACUGGUACUAUACAACGUUCUCGUUCUUGUAUAAAUCCAACUUCAAAUAACUUUCAAGGAGACUGCGAAAUAAUUAACAAUAUAGCUAACCUUGAUUUUAUGACCUGUUUUCAGCCAUGUACUGCUUCAUUUUCUGAAUGGAGUUCUUGGGCUGCGUGCUCAGCAAGCUGCCGACUAGAUAGUGGUCCUCCAACUACCACACGGUUUAGGACAUGUUCUUCUGGACUUGGAUCUUGUAUUGGAUCUUUAUCAGAGACUCAAGAAUGCAACACGAAUACUCCUUGUCCAGGCAUAAUAUCUUCAUGGGGAUCAUGGGGACUGUGUUCAGCUUCCUGUCAAUUAACAUCAGUAUUACCAACUCAACAACGAUCUCGUGUUUGUAUUGGAGCAACUCUUGGAGGAAAUUGUGGUGGACUAUCUACUGUUGAUUCACAAAGUUGCAAUGUUGGAAUUUAUUGUCCUGGAACUAUAUCAGAUUGGAGUUCAUGGGGUGCAUGCUCUGAUGCUUGUAAUAAUCUUGUUUCACCGCCUUCUCAAACCAGAAGUCGAUCUUGUAUUGGAUAUUCAACAUGGGAUCCUACCUAUUUGGGUUGUCCUAGUAUUUUAAGAACUGAACAACAACCUUGCAAUAUUAACAUUGGUUGUUCAGGUACAUAUGGCACUUGGAGUGCAUGGAGCAGUUGCUCAGAAAGCUGUCAGUCUAAUAUUAAUGUGUCUCCAUUUCAAACUCAAACUAGACAGUGUUUAGGAGCUACACUAGGAGGUGGUUGUUCUGGACCAAGUUCUCAAACUCAAAACUGCAAUGUGCAAGUGUCUUGUCCUGGCAUCUUAAGUUUAUGGGGAGCAUGGGGAUCAUGUACAGCAAGUUGUCAAUUAAGUUUCACUUCACCUACUCAAACAAGAAAUCGUCAAUGCACUGGUGCUACUUUUAGUGGCAAUUGCAAUGGACUAGUGUUAACUGAAAUUCAAAAUUGCAAUGAGCAAGUUUAUUGUCCAGGAACAAUAUCGGAUUGGAGUUCUUGGAGUGUAUGUUCUGCAUCUUGUAACAAUCUUGUUACUGUACCUUCUCAAACUAGAACUCGUUCAUGUUCUGGGUUUUCUACUUGGGAUCCUACCUAUACAGGUUGUCCUGGUAUCACUAGAAAUGAACAAAUUUCUUGUAAUGCAAAUGUUGGUUGUCCUGGUACUUAUAAUGCCUGGAAUGCAUGGAGUACUUGCUCAGAAUCUUGCCAAUCUAACGCAAACUUAGCACCUUUCCAAACUCAGACUAGACAAUGUAUAGGUGCAACACUAGGAGCUGGUUGUGUUGGGCCUAGUUCUCAAACUCAAAACUGCAAUGUAGGAGUGUCUUGUCCAGGUAUUUUAGGUACUUGGGCGGCAUGGGGAGCCUGCUCAGCCUCUUGUCAACUUGACUUAAUUGUUCCUCAACAAACCAGUACUCGCACUUGUACUGGUGGUUCUUUAGGUGGUAAUUGUAAUGGAGCAGUUUUAACACAAACUAAAAACUGUAACGCAGAAGUUAUAUGUCCAGGAGUAUUAACUGAUUGGACUGCAUGGGGCGUAUGUUCUGCUACGUGUAAUACUCAAGUCAAUGGACCAUUCCAAACUAGAGAUCGAUCUUGUGUUGGUUUUUCUACAUGGAAUCCAAAUUUUGCGGGUUGUGUUGGUGCUACUAGAAACGAACAACAACUUUGUAAUCAAAAUGUUCCAUGUCCAGGUAAUUAUGGUGCAUGGGCUGCAUGGGGAUCCUGCUCAGAAUCAUGUCAAUCUAAUAUUAAUAUAGCUCCAUUUCAAACUCAGACUAGGCCAUGUCUCGGUGCUACAUUAAAUGGUGGAUGUCCUGGAGCAAGUUCUCAAACUCAAAGCUGUAAUGUUGGAGUUUCUUGUCCAGGCAUUUUAAGUUUAUGGGGAGCAUGGGGAGCUUGUACAGCAAGUUGUCAAUUAAGUUUUACUUCACCUACUCAAACUAGAAAUCGUCAAUGUAAUGGUGCUACUUUUAAUGGCAAUUGUAAUGGAUUAAUGUUGACUGAUACUCAAAAUUGCAAUGAGCAAGUUUACUGUCCAGGAACAAUAUCGGAUUGGAGUUCUUGGAGUGUAUGUUCUGCAUCUUGUAACAAUCUUGUUACUGUACCUUCUCAAACUAGAACUCGUUCAUGUUCUGGGUUUUCUACUUGGGAUCCUACCUAUACAGGUUGUCCUGGUAUCACUAGAAGUGAACAAAUUUCUUGUAAUGCAAAUGUUGGUUGUCCUGGUACUUAUAACGCAUGGAAUGCAUGGAGUACUUGCUCAGAAUCUUGCCAAUCUAAUUCAAAUUUAGCACCUUUCCAAACUCAGACUAGACAAUGUAUAGGUGCAACACUAGGAGCUGGUUGUGUUGGGCCUAGUUCUCAAACUCAAAACUGCAAUGUAGGAGUGUCUUGUCCAGGUAUUUUAAGUACUUGGGCUGCAUGGGGAGCCUGCUCAGCCUCUUGUCAACUUGACUUAAUUGUUCCUCAACAAACCAGUACCCGCACUUGUUCUGGUGGUUCUCUAGGUGGUAAUUGUAAUGGAGCAGUUUUAACUCAAACUAAAAACUGUAACGCAGAAGUUUUAUGUCCAGGAGUAUUAACUGAUUGGGCUGCAUGGAGCACAUGUUCUGCAUCGUGUAAUACUCUAGUCAAUGGUGGACCAAUUCAAACUAGAACUCGAACUUGUAAUGGUUUUUCUACAUGGAAUCCAAACUUUUUAGGUUGUACUGGUGCUAGUAGGAAUGAACAACAGUUAUGUAAUCAACUUGUUCCAUGUCCAGGUUUUUAUACUGCUUGGUCAGCAUGGAGUACUUGUUCUGAAUCAUGUCAAUCUAAUGUUAAUAGUUCUCCCACUCAGUUUCACACAAGAAAUUGUGUUAACUUUACAUUGAAUGGUGGUUGUGUUGGCUUAAGUUCUGAAACUCAAAAUUGCAAUUUCCAAGUAUCAUGUCCAGGGGAUCUUACACAGUGGUCAACAUGGUCCUCAUGCAGCCAGUCUUGCCAGAUUAGCUCAGUAGUACCAACAAUGACCAGAAAUCGAAAUUGUUUAAAUCCUACUUUUGGUGGUAAUUGUCAAGGACAAUCACUUACAGAUGUAAUGUCAUGUAAUGCAGGCGUAGUAUGUCCAGGUCAAUUGACUGAUUGGACAUCAUGGAGUCAAUGUCCAGCUACAUGUCAACAAGCAGUUGGUCAAUUUAAUAUGCAGUACAGAUCAAGACAAUGUGUUAAUACAACUACUGGAAAUUGUGGUGGAGCUUUGUUAAACGAUCAAGUUGUUUGUGUUAGAGAUGUUCCUUGUCCUGGUAAUUAUGGUGCAUGGGCUGCAUGGGGAUCCUGCUCAGAAUCAUGUCAAUCUAAUGUUAAUAUAGCUCCAUUUCAAACUCAGACUAGGUCAUGUCUCGGUGCUACAUUAAAUGGUGGAUGUCCUGGAGCAAGUUCUCAAACUCAAAACUGUAAUGUUGGAGUUUCUUGUCCAGGCAUUUUAAGUUUAUGGGGAGCAUGGGGAGCAUGUACAGCAAGUUGUCAAGUAAGUUUUACUUCACCUACUCAAACAAGAAAUCGUCAAUGUAAUGGUGCUACUUUUAAUGGCAAUUGUAAUGGAUUAAUGUUGACUGAUACUCAAAAUUGCAAUGAGCAAGUUUACUGUCCAGGAACAAUAUCGGAUUGGAGUUCUUGGAGUGUAUGUUCUGCAUCUUGUAACAAUCUUGUUACUGUACCAUCUCAAACUAGAACUCGAUCAUGUUCUGGGUUUUCUACUUGGGAUCCUACCUAUACAGGUUGUCCUGGUAUCACUAGAAGUGAACAAAUUUCUUGUAAUGCAAAUGUUGGUUGUCCUGGUACUUAUAACGCAUGGAAUGCAUGGAGUACUUGCUCAGAAUCUUGCCAAUCUAAUUCAAAUUUAGCACCUUUCCAAACUCAGACUAGACAAUGUAUAGGUGCAACACUAGGAGCUGGUUGUGUUGGGCCUAGUUCUCAAACUCAAAACUGCAAUGUAGGAGUGUCUUGUCCAGGUAUUUUAAGUGAUUGGGCUGCAUGGGGAGCCUGCUCAGCCUCUUGUCAACUUGAAUUUGUUGUUCCUCAACAAACCAGUACCCGCACUUGUUCUGGUGCUUCGUUUGGUGGCAAUUGUAAUGGAGCAGUUUUAACUCAAUCUAAAAACUGUAACGCAGAAGUUUUAUGUCCAGGAGUAUUAACUGAUUGGACUGCAUGGGGCGUAUGUUCUGCCACGUGUAAUACUCAAGUCAAUGGACCAUUCCAAACUAGAGAUCGAUCUUGUGUUGGUUUUUCUACAUGGAAUCCAAAUUUUGCGGGUUGUGUUGGUGCUACUAGAAACGAACAACAACUUUGUAAUCAAAAUGUUCCAUGUCCAGGUAAUUAUGGUGCAUGGGCUGCAUGGGGAUCCUGCUCAGAAUCAUGUCAAUCUAAUGUUAAUAUAGCUCCAUUUCAAACUCAGACUAGGUCAUGUCUCGGUGCUACAUUAAAUGGUGGAUGUCCUGGAGCAAGUUCUCAAACUCAAAACUGUAAUGUUGGAGUUUCUUGUCCAGGCAUUUUAAGUUUAUGGGGAGCAUGGGGAGCAUGUACAGCAAGUUGUCAAGUAAGUUUUACUUCACCUACUCAAACAAGAAAUCGUCAAUGUAAUGGUGCUACUUUUAAUGGCAAUUGUAAUGGAUUAAUGUUGACUGAUACUCAAAAUUGCAAUGAGCAAGUUUACUGUCCAGGAACAAUAUCGGAUUGGAGUUCUUGGAGUGUAUGUUCUGCAUCUUGUAACAAUCUUGUUACUGUACCAUCUCAAACUAGAACUCGAUCAUGUUCUGGGUUUUCUACUUGGGAUCCUACCUAUACAGGUUGUCCUGGUAUCACUAGAAGUGAACAAAUUUCUUGUAAUGCAAAUGUUGGUUGUCCUGGUACUUAUAACGCAUGGAAUGCAUGGAGUACUUGCUCAGAAUCUUGCCAAUCUAAUUCAAAUUUAGCACCUUUCCAAACUCAGACUAGACAAUGUAUAGGUGCAACACUAGGAGCUGGUUGUGUUGGGCCUAGUUCUCAAACUCAAAACUGCAAUGUAGGAGUGUCUUGUCCAGGUAUUUUAAGUGAUUGGGCUGCAUGGGGAGCCUGCUCAGCCUCUUGUCAACUUGAAUUUGUUGUUCCUCAACAAACCAGUACCCGCACUUGUUCUGGUGCUUCGUUUGGUGGCAAUUGUAAUGGAGCAGUUUUAACUCAAUCUAAAAACUGUAACGCAGAAGUUUUGUGUCCAGGAGUAUUAACUGAAUGGGCUGCAUGGAGCACAUGUUCUGCAUCGUGUAAUACUCUAGUCAAUGGUGGACCAAUUCAAACUAGAACUCGAACUUGUAAUGGUUUUUCUACAUGGAAUCCAAACUUUAUGGGUUGUGUUGGUGCUAGUAGGAAUGAACAACAAUUAUGUAAUCAACUUGUUUCAUGUCCAGGUUUUUAUACUGGUUGGUCAGCAUGGAGUACUUGUUCUGAAUCAUGUCAAUCUAAUGUUAAUAGUUCUCCCACUCAGUUUCACACAAGAAAUUGUGUUAACUUUACAUUGAAUGGUGGUUGUGUUGGCCUAAGUUCUGAAACUCAAAAUUGCAAUUUCCAAGUAUCAUGUCCAGGGGAUCUUACACAGUGGUCAACAUGGUCUUCAUGCAGUCAGUCUUGCCAGAUUAGCUCAGUAGUACCAACAAUGAGCAGAAAUCGAAAUUGUUUAAAUCCUACUUUUGGUGGUAAUUGUCAAGGGCAAUCACUUUCAGAUGUAAUGUCAUGUAAUGCAGGCGUAGUAUGUCCAGGUCAAUUGACUGAUUGGACAUCAUGGAGUCAAUGUCCAGCUACAUGUCAACAAGCAGUUGGUCAAUUUAAUAUGCAGUACAGAUCAAGACAAUGUGUUAAUACAACUACUGGAAAUUGUGGUGGAGCUUCGUUAAACGAUCAAGUUGUUUGUGUUAGAGAUGUUCCUUGUCCUGGUAUACUUGGCCAAUGGAGCACUUGGAGUACGUGUUCAGAGUCUUGUAGAAGCAACUUGUUGAUAGCCCCAUCUCAAACUAGAACCAGAACAUGCACAACAGCUACACUUGGUGCCAAUUGUGGUGGUGCUUCCCUUGUUGAAUCCCUCACUUGUAAUGCUAAUGUAGGAUGUCCUGGUGUUUGGACCAGUUGGGGACCAUUUACUGAUUGCUCUGCAUCUUGCCAGUCUACUGGUAAUAUUAUUCCAACUCAAUCGCGUCAAAGGUUCUGUGUUAAUAACACUCUUGAUGGACCUUGUCCUUCUGAUAAUAAUGGUGAUAAAAUCCAAACUGUUCAAUGUAAUGUUGGAGUUAUUUGUCCAGUAAGAGGAACUUGGGGUGCUUGGGGUGAUUGGUCUUCAUGCAGUGCAAGUUGUGAUGCUGGUCUUAUUCAAAGAUCACGAGCAUGCUCAGUUCCUUACCCAAUAGGGGCUGGUGAUGAUUGUAUUGGCAACACUACGCAAACUCUUCCGUGUAAACUGUUUGACUGUCCAAAAUCAUGUGCUAUUGCUAAACGCUGCAACUGUUCUCAAGUUAAACAAUGGUCUUCUGUUCCUACAUUUGACCAAUUUCAAUCAAGAGGCUUAACUCUCGGAGGAAUUGAAACCGUGCUUGGAUAUUUAAGUUCAUACGGAGAUGAUACUGUUGAUAAAGCAUGUCAAGCUUGCAACACUAUGAUGUUAACCACAUUGAGAUCGAAUGUUGCUGAUCAGUUAACUCAAGCUAAGGCUGCAAGAGCAAAACUUGAAUUAAUUAAAAAUGAUUUACGUGACGUCAUCUACUGUAAUGGAGUAAUUUUGAACAAUCCGGGUUUAUGGAACCUCUACGAUUUAUUAUUUGAGCGAGCAACCAUGUUAGACGGGGUUAUUAUAGAGUUAAACGCUAUUUACUUACGUUUUGAUGCUGCGUUGACUUCUUGUCAAUCGUACGGUUGGAUACAUCAAACCUUCAAAACAAUUUUACGCAAAUGCACCUUUUAAAAUGAUUUUUUAAAAUACAUAUACAUACGUUUUUCUAUUUUCUUACUGAAUGCAAUAUUGUAAACUAAACACAUUUAUUCAAUCUUGUAUUUUUAUGUAUGCACUUAUUUAGUCAUUAAUUUUUUAAGUUACAAUAUAGUAAACAUGUUU